UUAAGUAAAUUAGGGGUUUAAUUUGGAUACAACAAAAUACUAAAAAACUGCAGAAGAGUGUGUGCAUGCACUAACAUCAUCACUCUGUGUCUUCUAUUUUUCUCAAUUUGUUAAUUUCUCUCUCUCUCUCUCCCCCCUCUUCACACCCAAUUUUUCUUUCCAUUAUUUCCCUUUUCAAAACCAAAAAAUUCUGAAAAAUAAAAGUAUUUCCAUUACCUUCUUCCAUUAAUCUGAGACACCAAACUUGUUCUUUGUGAAAAAUCUCAAGAUUUUGCCACCAACCCAUCUCAGCAAAUCCACUAGUUUCAUCAAAGAUCUGAUUUUUAUUUUUCUUGAAGUGAAGUUUGUGCCAUUUUGUCUUUCAUCACUGUUGGGUUGGUUCAGAAGCAGCACCACGAUACAAUGUUGAACAUUUCAUGGCAAUUUAGUGCUGUGUAAGCUAUAAAGUUCCCAUCUUUUUUCUCUCACUGUUGAAUUCUACCCUCUCUCUUUGUGAUAGAUUCUCAUUAGGUUUUGUUUAAUUUUGACUUAUCUUAAUGAGGGUUGCAACAAUUUUCCUUGCAAUUCUCACAGUGCCAUUGUUUCUUUCUAUUCAAAUUUCAAUUGCUCAACUUCCAUUUGAUGAUACUAUCUCAUCAAGAACCCUUGAUGCAAUUCUUCAAGAUUAUGCCUUUAAGUCAUUUUUUAGGCCUAAAACUGGUGUACCCUAUGAUGCUAAAUUGCCCAAUAACCUAAUAGGUGUUAAAGUUUCAGCAAUGAGGCUUAGAAGUGGUAGUUUAAGAACAAGAGGUGUUCAAACCUACAAAGAAUUUCAGAUCCCAAUGGGGGUUGUUGAACAGCCUUAUGUUCAAAGGCUUGUUUUGGUUUAUCAUAAUUUAGGUAAUUGGUCUGAAAUUUUUUACCCUUUACCUGGUUACACAUAUUUGGCUCCUGUUUUAGGUCUAUUAUCAUAUAGUGGUGUUGAUUUGUCUGCUGAUGAGUUGCCAGAAUUGGAUAUAAGAGCUUCUGAUAAACCAAUUUUGAUAAAGUUUUCUGAUGUGAAACCAGCACCAUUUGGAUCAGUUCCUAAGUGUGUGUAUUUUGAUGUACAUGGUUCAGUUCAGUUUGAUAUUCUACUACAUGAUUAUGUUUGUUCAACAGUUCAACAAGGGCACUUUUCGAUUGUUGUCGAGUCCAAUGCACCGUCUCCGGCACCGACACCUAUUGCUGUUGCUGCUGCUAUUGGUGAAGGUAGUGAGAAGAAAAACUACAAGGUGUGGAUAAUUGUUGCAUCUUUGAUUGGUGGAUGCAUGUUGUUGAUUCUGUUGAGUUUAUUGGUUGUGAGAAUGAGAAGGAUAAAAAAUGGGAUGAAGAUACAGGAAUUGGAAUGGGGUGCAGAUAGCAAUGAAAUCUUGCAGAUGACAUCUGUUGGUGGAACUAAAGCACCAUUAGCAAUUGGAACUCGUACAAGACCAACCAUAGAAAAUGAUUACAUUCCUUAGAUUUUGAUUUGAAGAGGGGUUUUGUUGAACUAAUAUUUUUUUUUCUUGCUUGUGACAUUAUAAUUUUUCUGUUCAUAAUGUGAACUAUAUAAAAUGUUUCCUAUGAGUAUUUUUCAGAGAUUAAGUUUACUUGGUUUUCAAUUGGUAUGAUUUAUUUGAAU